AUAAAACUAAAUAUAUCUUCAUCUAAAUUAUCUUUUAUUAUAUAGUCCCAUAGUGGGUCGCUUUGAAACCACAAAAUAAAAAAUACCCACAAAUUUUCUUGAUAAAUUUUUCACAAAUUAUGGGUACUAAGAAAGUUUUGGUGUUGUUGGUGUUUUCUAUGUUCAUGUUUUUUUCUUUAGGGCACGAAGAAGAGUGUCUGAAUCCAUUUUUGAUUGAUCAAAAUAUUUUCGCGAAAGAUCAUAUUAUAAAUUUAGCGAAUGAUACUGAGACAGUCAAGUGGAUGAGGAAGAUAAGGAGACAAAUUCAUGAGAAUCCAGAGCUUGCUUAUGAAGAAUUUAUGACAAGUGCUUUAAUUAGAGAGGAACUUGAUCGGAUGGGAGUUAAAUACCGGUGGCCGGUGGCUAAGACUGGCGUUGUUGCAGCCAUCGGCUCCGGUAAGCCGCCGUUUGUUGCUCUUAGAGCUGAUAUGGAUGCUUUGCCUAUUCAGGAAUUGUCAAAAUGGGAACACAAGAGCAAAAUUGAUGGCAAAAUGCAUGCUUGUGCUCAUGAUGCACAUACCACAAUGCUUCUUGGUGCUGCUAAAAUAUUACAACAACUCCAACACAAUUUACAGGGUACGGUUGUGUUAAUUUUUCAACCCGCGGAGGAACGAGGGCACGGGGCUAAAGAUAUGAUAGAUGAGGGUGUUCUAGAAAAUGUAGAAGCCAUAUUUGGUAUGCAUUUAGUACAUAAGUAUUCAAGUGGUGUAGUUGCAUCUAGGCCUGGUGAAUUUUUAGCUGGAUGUGGAAGUUUUAAAGCAACAAUUAGAGGCAAAGGAGGACAUGCUGCUAUACCACAAGAUACUGUUGAUCCUAUUUUGGCUGCUUCUACUUCUGUUAUUAGUUUGCAAAGUAUUGUGUCAAGAGAGGCUGAUCCUCUUGAAUCACAGGUUGUUUCUGUGGCUAUGAUUCAAGGGGGGUCAUCAUUUAAUGUCAUACCAGAUUCAGCUACAAUUUCUGGGACUUAUAGAGCAUUUAGUAAGAAGAGUUUCUAUGGUUUGAGGAAAAGAAUUGAAGAGAUCGUACGAGCACAAGCAGCUGUACAUAGAUGUACGGUGGAGAUUGACUUUGAUGGUCGUGAAAAUCCAACACUUCCUCCAACUAUAAACAAUGAGAAAAUAUAUGAACAUGCUCGAAAAGUAUCGAAAAUGAUCGUUGGAGAGGAAAACUAUAAAUUAUCACCUAGUUUUAUGGGAAGUGAAGAUUUUGCUGUGUUUUUAGAGAAGGUCCCUGGAUCAUUAUUCUUAUUGGGAACAAAAAAUGAAAAGAUUGGUGCAAUUUAUCCUCCACAUAAUCCAAAUUUCUUCAUUGAUGAAGAUGUUCUUCCAAUUGGAGCAGCAAUUCAUGCAACUUUUGCAUAUACAUACCUUUUCAAUUCUACAAAUAAGUGUACUAAUUCUCAUUCUUCUUAUUAGGAAUCAUGUAAAGCAUUCUUUAGUUUUUUGUUUUUUUUUUUGUAUGUUACAUCUAUAUAUGAUCAUUAGUUCCAGUCCAAUUUUCUUUAAUUUCUUACUUAUGAUUUAUUAAGUAAUAUGUUAAAAGUUAAUAUGAAAGACAAUGUAUGUGUGUAUCUCUUUGUAUAUCAUGUAUAUAUUCAUGAAAA